AUGCCGACGAUUGCGUUGUGAGUAGCGUUCGCGAUUCUAACUCGAAAAUCCAAUCAGGACAGUCUGUACCGGGUCGACAGUGCGUGCAACUUUAAAUAUUCAGUUGAGUCCAUGUUGACGAGCUUGAAGUUAGAAAAGGAAUUCGUGUGCUUCGCAUUGCUUCUACGUCGUUAUAUUCACAGGAUAAAAAGGAGGGAAAGGCUUGGUGGCUGGUCACAGUAGAAUAUCUCCAGUGUGUGCAGAAUUUUGAUAAACAUGCCGUCCAGCAGGCAAAUUGGUGUCGUCGCCUUUAACGCUUUACUAAAAAGCCCCAAAUGUAAUCUAUGGGCAACAUCUAGCCGGUGCAGCUCCUGGUUUUCCGGCGUGCAAAUGGGCCCCCCUGAUGCUAUCUUAGGUAUAACUGAAGCAUUUAAAAAAGAUAAAAAUGAGAAAAAAAUCAAUCUUGGUGCGGGCACUUACCGAGAUGAUAAUGGUAAUCCAUUCGUUUUGCCAAGUGUUCGAAAGGCUGAAGAGAAAAUUAUGGCGAAAAAGAUGAACAAAGAAUACGCCCCAAUCAGCGGAAUUCCUGAAUUUACAGAUCUUGCUAUAAAAAUAGCCUUGGGCGAUGACUCGCCUAAUCUGCAGAAGAAGUCAAAUGCUACUGUUCAGGCCAUAAGUGGAACCGGUUCGUUGAGGAUAGGGGCCGCGUUUUUAAGCAAAUUUUGGCCCGGAGGCAAGGAUAUCUAUAUGCCGUCACCAACGUGGGGAAAUCAUGUUCCAGUGUUCGUUCACUCAGGUAUGACCCCGAAAACAUAUCGUUACUAUGACCCAAAGACAUGUGGAUUCGACUUUAAUGGAUGCAUGGAAGACAUUCGUAAAAUUCCUGCCAAAUCAGUCAUUCUUCUACAUGCUUGUGCGCAUAACCCAACAGGUGUUGACCCAAAACCAGAGCAAUGGAGAGAAAUGUGUGAAGUGAUAAAAGAGAAACAAUUGUAUCCUUUCUUCGAUAUGGCGUACCAAGGAUUCGCUAGUGGAAACUGUGAAAAGGAUGCAUUUGCGGUGCGACUUUUUGAGAAAGAGGGCCAUCAGUUUUGUUUGGCACAAAGUUUUGCAAAAAAUAUGGGAUUAUACGGUGAACGCGCUGGCGCAUUCUCGGUUAUAUGUCAGGAUAAGGAGGAAGCAGAACGGGUAAUGUCACAAGUGAAGAUCCUGAUUCGACCAAUGUAUUCUAAUCCACCAAUUCAUGGAGCUCGUAUUGUAACGGAAAUUUUAAGCGACCCAGAACUUAAGAAACAAUGGCUUGUCGACGUAAAGCAAAUGGCAGAUCGAAUUAUUAGUAUAAGGAAAACAUUGAAAGAUACUCUCGUAAAGUUGGGUUCUCAACGAUCAUGGGAUCAUAUCACAGAUCAAAUUGGAAUGUUUUGCUAUACAGGCAUGACCCCCGAAAACGUGGCACGUUUAACGAAAGAGUACAGCAUUUACUUAACAAAAGAUGGACGUAUAUCGAUGGCUGGAGUAACGACGAAAAACGUAGAGCAUUUAGCUUGCGGAAUGCAUGCAGUAACCAAAUAACUACAGAGAUUUUCGGCGUACUCUUACUUCUAGUUAUGGCAUGAUACAUUUGCGCACAAAACGAAACUCUGUUAUGUUAAAUAAAUAUUUACAAAAGUAUAUGCACGCCUGCCUCUUAUGUAAAUGAAUUAUUACUCAGUUGAAGCAACAGAUUUUUAAACGAAUUGUCAUUUACUAUCUAUCAUUAUUGAAAUAAAACCUUUUCCUUUAAAAAAGAAAAAUCGAUCCUAAA